GUCGCGCAGUGGUGACUCUGUCCGAGUCUGCCACAUUAAUCGGAUCACCUACGUUCCGGUUCACAGGCAUGUAGCUUUAUUCAACAACAUCUGCUGAGUUCUCUUGAAUUCAAACUGCGACUUUACGCUCAACUUUAGUCAAUAUGCGCAAGGGCAAUUUGGAGGUGUUAGUACGGAGUGAAGGCCGUGACUUGCCGGAAUAUCAAGUGGAACAUGUAGACGACAGGACGUUGGCCUGCUAUAUCAAUAGCGAGGUCGGGAAGACCUUCGAGAUCUGUUGGCGCGGCGACACACGACGCGACAAGUAUGACAGCUCCGUGCAUUGUUAUGUCGACGGCCGGGGUGCUGGCGGAACUUUUUCUCAGCGCGGAAUCGUGGACAACAGUCGCUGGGGUGUCAGAGAAGCUGUGGAUCGACGUAGACCUUUCGUGUUUGCGCCUUUGGUCACAACAGAUGACGAGAGUAUUGCUGUUAGCUCGGAAGCUCAUCCAGACCUUGGAACGAUAGACGUGAAGCUCUUCUAUGUUGUCCUUGGGGACAUAAGACACUUUAAACAACGUCCGGGUGCAAUCUACCCAGGCGGCGUGGUGCAUGAGAAGAUCAAGAAGAUGGGCAUUCAUUGUGUCUCUCUGGGAGACAGCCGUGAAUGCGAGCGUGAAGCCAAGGCGAACAUGAAGGUGAUUAACGAGAGCGACCCCAUCUAUGCACGCUUCAUCUUUCGGUAUCGAUCCAAAGACUUUCUGCAAGCCGAGGGUAUCAUGCCUUUGGGCGAGGGGAAUGGUGGUGGCGCUCACGACCCAUCGCCCAGUGGACGCAAACGCCGAUCCGCGGGACUACACUCCAUCAGGAAAUAACCCACCUGAGAAUUACCGUAAACACUGAAGAAUCAUCAAGCUUUCGCGGUAAUAUUGAGUUUUACCUCGUAUCUGAUAAACCGCAGAAAUAGCCAUGUCCAGCCUCGUCGAGUCAGAAUUACGAGGUUUCUCAGGCAGUAGCUGGACAUUACUUGGUG